AUGAUCUUUGCAAAAGAGCUACCACUGUACUGUACAGGGGGCCUGCGCUUCUUCUGGGACAACAAGUUUGACCAUGCCAUGGUGGCCUUCCUGGACUGUGUGCAGCAGUUCAAGGAGGAGGUGGAGAAGGGAGACACGGGAUUCUGCCUGCCCUACAGGUUGGAUGUCGAGAAGGGCAAGAUUGAGGACACAGGAGGCAGCGGCGGCUCCUACUCCAUCAAGACCCAGUUCAACUCAGAGGAGCAGUGGACCAAGGCGCUCAAAUUCAUGUUGACCAACCUCAAGUGGGGCCUGGCGUGGGUGUCGUCUCAGUUUUACAACCGAUAGAUGAGGACACACCCUGGGUGUGCCCCUUGACCCUUCUAAUACCACCCUUUCGUCACAAUGUGUGACUCUCAAAAGUUCUUCUUCUACAAUGCUCUCCUUGCUUCCCUAUGAUGUUUUAGAAGGGUGUGUGUUCAAAUCCAAUAAGUCUUGUUUCCUUGUUUGAUUUCCAUAUUGACCGUUUGAAAGGACAAGAUAAACUAUUCAAUUGUACACAUCCAAGUCCACCUAGUCUAGUAGGUGUUAUGAAGGGAGCUAUCUGAUGAUUUUUGUAGCAAAUCCCAGGAUUGUGUCCUUAUAGAGGCUAAGUGGCUUUUGGUUGUCUCUUUUCCUUCAUAUGCACAUAUCUUAUGACACUGGAUAGGUGAAAGCUGUUGUUUCCAAUUGACCUGUUCAAUUCUUAAAGAUCAGUACACAUGAAGGGAAGGAGAGAAGGACAUGUUGAACUACUGAGAUGCAGCACUGGAAUGGGUUGUUAUGUAUCACAUGCUUCUUACUUUGCUCCAGAAGCAAAACUGGGGAGUCACGAAUCUGAUUUUCUGCCUAUUUCUCUUCAAUUGGUUUGUGUCUUUGUGGUUCAACUCCACUCUAGCCACAGAAUAAUGUACAUUGUGCAUGUUUUAAGAGUUUUUUACUGUGCUGAUAAGGUAAAAAUUGUUUAAUUUCACAAUGCGUUUGAACAGCAUUGGAACAUUUGUCUUGUCUGUUUUCGUCUCCCUACUCGCAGGGUGCACUGAGUGUCUACUGAAAUCUUGGUGUGGAUUUAAAUGUAGACAAGGAGGCUUGUGGCAGUUUUUAUUGCCCAUAUUACUGUGUGAUUUGGUUUUUCAGGUUCUUUACACAUAUGAACGUGCCAAUGAUAAUGGACCCACACAGAACGCCUUAUGUAAAAGUAUAUUUACAAUUUUUUUUUUUUUUUAAUAAAUAAAAUAGGUAAUCAAUAUUGUUUCAGGAAGAAGUGAGGGGAGUGGUGAUUGAAGGGCGAUAUCUUGCAGCCUGCUUGCUCCUUCCCAGAGCCUUACAUGAACUUCCUACCCCAACAAGGAAAUCCUAUGGAUCAUUAAGGCAUGGAGUGCUUUGUGAUAAAAGAGGACGCGGACUGCACAAAUAGGGAGCGGACAGAAGGAAACGUGUGUUAUGGAGAGUGUGAGAAGAGAGAGAAUUAUCUGUGUGAUUACACGUUGUGACAUGGACUGUCUGAUUACCCCCCCUGUACCAAACUGGUUUGACUGAGGACCCGAGGUUUAGGAUUACCCCUGGAACACGAAAUGGACAACGAGAACGGAUUGUGGACUGUGAACUGGUUGCUGAAUUCCCCCCUUUCCCACAGUGUGCAAAUCUCCCUAAUAAAUUCCCCAUUUGUAUUCUAGUUGUGCUUCGUGUGUGUGUUUGGUUAUUGAACUUGGUGACGUGGAAACCCCACCUCCUUGAGCCUGGUA